AUGCACCCUCUGAUAAUUCUGUUGUCGGUGGGCUUCGUGGCCGCUAUUCCCGUCGACAACGGCGUGGAAGGGGAGCCAGAGAUUGAAUGCGGGCCUACUUCCAUCACAGUCAACUUCAACACUAGGAAUCCCUUCGAAGGCCAUGUAUAUGUGAAGGGGUUGUAUGAUCAAGCCGGCUGCAGGAGUGACGAUGGAGGACGUCAAGUGGCUGGUAUCGAACUGCCUUUUGAUCAGUGUAACACUGCUCGUACCAGGUCGCUCAAUCCUCGCGGAGUGUUCGUUUCGACUACGGUGGUGAUCUCGUUCCAUCCUCAAUUUGUGACUAAAGUCGACAGAGCGUAUAGGAUACAGUGCUUCUACAUGGAAGCCGACAAGACCGUCAGUACACAGAUCGAAGUAUCUGAAUUGACCACCGCAUUCCAAACACAAGUGGUGCCUAUGCCUAUCUGUAGAUAUGAAAUUCUUGACGGAGGACCAACUGGAGCACCCAUCCACUUCGCUACUAUUGGUCAACAGGUGUACCAUAGAUGGACUUGCGACUCCGAAACCACCGAUACCUUUUGUGCUGUUGUACACUCGUGCACCGUCGACGAUGGUAAUGGCGAUACCGUACAAAUUCUUAACGAAGAAGGUUGUGCACUCGACAAAUUUUUGCUGAACAAUUUGGAGUACCCCACGGAUCUGAUGGCCGGGCAAGAGGCUCACGUAUACAAAUAUGCGGACAGGUUUGCUGGAUUUUGA